AUGCCCCGACCGACCGUUAUACUCGGUGGGUUGUGGUCUUGUCUUUGUGCUUCAUCCAGUGUCGCUACCCUGCAUUGUGCCCGAUAUUCUCUACUAUCUGAAAAACGGCUACUCAAACGCAGCUCAUCGGUGCUCCGCGGCUCACUAUCGAGCUUUCCGCGAAGAUGUCACGGCACCCUCUACCCCAGACCAAGACAACAAACCCUCGAAAUUGUUGAAGAAGAUGGGAACUACUCUGAAAAGAACGGUCAUGGCGCUCCUCGGAAUGAUGGCGUCUCUUCAAUGAGAAUCAAGUCCAGCGCACCGGAAUCAUUCGAAGAGCUGUCUACGUCUCGCCUGGAACACAUGCUCCAAGAAAGAGUGACCAAAAACCCGAGUAUUCCCGGUGCGAUGCAGAUAUUGCGUUAUCUCAUUCAAGUCCGCGGCGUCAAUCCCGAGACGCGACACUACCGAUGUUUAAUACUUGCCCAUUCGGACCCGAACUAUGGUUCACCACAAGUCGUUCUUGAUUUGCUAAAGGAGAUGGAGGGAAAUGGGAUACCGGCCGAUUCAGCUACACUUCAUGCGGUUCUUCAGGUUCUUGCGGUUCACCCGGAUUACUUGCUGCGUCAAGAUAUUGUGCGCACUCUCCGACACCGAUGGCUUACCCUGAGCCCUGCCGGGUGGCAUUUCCUGGUUGCUGGUCUGAUCAGAGAACACCAGUUUGAGCUGGCGCUGGAUCAUAUCGAGCAGAUGGAAAGGAAAGGUAGCGUGGUUGAGAACUGGCUUCCCAGCCUCUUAAUCUAUUAUAUAUGCGAUUACAAGGAGUUUGACGAGGUACUCCGGCUGAUGCGCUCACGGACAAGCCGUGGCCAUGAUAUAAGUCUGGAGCUGUGGUCGUAUGUGCUGGAUAUGGCAAGCGCUGCUUCUCAUCAUGAGACCACACGGUACAUCUGGAGAAAGAUGGUGGAAUUGAAAUACCUUCAGCCCAGCGAUCAGACCUGCGAAAAUGUCCUCAAGGUGGCGGCGAAAGCUGGGGAUGUCGUACUCGCGGGAUCGGUGAUGAGAUUCCUGGUCGAUGCCAAGGUUCCGCUGAAGCUGGAAUACUACGAAAGAGUGGUGAAGGCCCACGUCAUGUCUGGGGAUCUGCGUUCUGGAUUUCAAAUUCUCUGUCAGAUGCACAUGACGGGGAUUUCGCUGGAGCCCAGCUCGACGCUUGCCAUCUAUAAUCACUUGACCAAGCAUAAGACCACCCCCCGCGACGCAUGGCGCAUGCUCAAGGACUUGAAAGCCUCCAAACGAGACAUACCAAUUGAGUGCGCAGAGGUCAUAUUCGAGGUGUGUGGGCAUUUCGCUUCUGAGAACCCCCACUGGGCACUCGAGGGGAUUGCAUUGUACAAGGAACUGUAUGCGCUCUGUCCCGACAAGGUCAAUGUCUCUGUCUACAAUGUACUUAUCGACAUGUGCCGGCAAGCCCGGAAUGUCGAUGCCGGGAUGUUCGUCGUGGAGGAGAUAGCCGCCUUGGGCGUGGUGCCCGACCAGACAACGUUCGAGUACCUCAUCAUGAUGUGCUUGGAAACAGGCAAUUUCGAGUCCGCAUAUAACUAUUUUGAAGACAUGUUGGCCCAUGACGCGCUCCCCCGCCCAGAGAUCUGCACAGACAUCCGGAAGAUCUGUGGUAAGUCGCGGGAUCACUUUGCGACACGCUUGAGGUAUCACUCGCGGAUCAUGGACGGCGCGCGAGACGACGGGAUCAAUGACACGCACCACGAGUCCCCGAGAACGGAGCAUUCUUCAUCAUUGGACACAGGAGCACGAUGGGCCAGGGAGAAGGAGCAAAAGAAGAAGACGAGACGAAAGAUAGCCUGUGAGCGGGCGCAAGAGGAAGAAGGGUGGCUGGACUAUGAGCCCGGGGGCCUGAUCCCCGAGGACCAGCUGGCCGCCAAGAAGGAUGAUAAAUAA